UGCAACAACUAUCAGUCAUUAUGUUCUCAAGAACAGCAAUCUCCUUCACGCUCCGACGGUCUCUGUUUCGGCCACAACUCUCCCCUCAGUUUCCAAACCAGCUUCCAUCUGUGCUCCAAGCCCGUCUACUUUCAACAGAGACCAAAGCAGCAAUUGAUAAAGCUGUUGCAUCGGCUCCGGUGGUUCUUUUCAUGAAGGGCACUCCGGAAACUCCGCAGUGCGGGUUCUCUCGCGCAAGCAUCCAGAUUUUGGGUUUACAAGGUGUUGAUCCCAAGAAAUUCGUAGCGUUUAACGUGCUAGAGGAUCCGGAGCUGCGUCAAGGUAUCAAGGAGUACUCGGACUGGCCUACGAUUCCACAAUUAUACCUGAACAAGGAGUUUAUUGGUGGGUGUGAUAUUCUGAUGUCAAUGCAUCAGAAUGGCGAACUUUCGAAGCUCUUAGAAGAGAAGGGUGUCCUAGUUGCUGAAUAGAUUGAGGUUAUGAAAUGCCCUGUAUUUUAAGUUUCGUGUGCUGUUAAUGUAUAUCUAUUCUAAUCUCUAUGAAGAGCGUAAUCUCUGCUUCAGCAAUAGAUACUUACCCAGAGAGCUAUGGCAUGUUAUUUCAUACUCAUCUGCUUUAGCUCCAGUUGGAGUUGGUCUGCCUGAGUAGCCGUAUAUGCAGGAAGAAUGACUCAUACUAUUGGGUCAUGCCGCUUCUCUUGACUUGGCUUGAUCCUCGAUCACUGCCUUCUGCAACUUGGCGCGCUGUCUCGCUUCGUAAGCCUCUCUGCUCUUAAGGAUCCGUUCAACUAUUUCGCCAGCGUUCACAUGUUGAAAAGCGUGAUCGGUCGUUUCGCGAAAUAUACCCAUUCGUUUGGG